AUGGAAAACGAACUUGAGCACUUGAGCUGGAAUAUUGAGCAUGCUCUACAGCAGCUUGAAGGCCCUCUCUCAGGAGAGCUCAGGUCAUUUCAUGAUAUCUCCCCGACAUCUCCAGGGACAUCCGUUGCGGUGUAUCAGAAGCUCCUUGACGUUGUGCAGGCACUAGACAAGCUCCUCCUGAUUUUGACUCCUCCCCAUAUGCUUUUAGUGGAUGGGGUGUUUGCUUUUACCAACAGCAAAGUGUUGCUCUGUGCCUCAGAGUAUCACUUGGCCGACCAUGUCCAAACGCUCCAGCCAUGUAGCAUUUCCCAGCUCGCCAGCGCUGCAGGCCUCUAUGAACAAGGGCUUUCCCAGAUAAUCCGCUAUCUCCAUGAGAUGGGUUAUUUCCACCGGGACCUCCAGACUGGCAAACUGUCUAACAACCGGCUGUCCAACCUCCUUCGCAAAGAUCACUGGGCCACCUGGAUCAACUGGGUUGACUUUUUCCCUCGCGAGUAUUAUGAUCUUCUGUCCCAUCUGCCCAGCCAACUCAAGAGUGAUCAGCCCAAGACGGCGACCGAGCUCUUCUAUAACACUGACAAACCCAUCUACCAGUUCCUUGCAGACACUGGCAGGGCUGCCGGUUUCCAUAAGGUGACAGGUACUGGAAGCGUCGUAGAGGCCCCUGGUCUCCUAGCUGAUUACCCCUGGGAGGAUGUCAAGAGCGAGACCAUUGUCGAUAUCGGUGCGGGCGCUGGAGACUUUAUCCGUACAUACCUGGAGAAGUUCCCAGAUGCAACAGCGGCAGCAUUUGAACUUCCAUCGACGGCGGAAAUCCUGCGACAGAAGUUCCCACUGGAUGACCCGCUUGCAAAACGAGUUGCAUCCAUCACCGGAGGAGACUUUUUCAAGGAUCCAUUACCUGAAUCCUCUGUAUAUAUACUGCGAUGGAUCUUGCACAACUGGGGCGACGAGGACUGCGUUAAACUGCUUCGACGGAUUCGAGACACAAUAACCAUAAAAACAGGCAUCAGUCGUGUACUAAUAGUGGAAUCUGUCCUUUUUGAUGGCCGUGUGGGGCGAGGAGCCCGGUAUGCAGAUAUCCGGAUGCUCGCCCGCUGCAGAAAUAAGGAGAGGACACUGGAUGAGUACAGAACCAUAGUGGAAAAUACCGGAUGGCGCCUGAACCGGGUAGUCUCUCCCCGGGGGUGUCUGACACAGGUCCUUGAGCUGCGGCCGGUGGGUGCUUGCGCAGUUAUACCGCAUGGCGACAGCAGCAACGGGAACGGUACAGGUCCUGAAUGGGAAUCAGAGUUGAUGUAG